AUGGCCGUCACAUGGAAAACACCUAAAUUAACCCUCUUAACACGAUUCAGAAGUACGAGCUCCUCUUCCUCCACGUUCUCAUUUUCCUCUUCCGAAGACAAUGAAAGCACUCUCGACGAUGAAGCCCAGGCACUAAGAAAAGAACGUACAGGACAUAGUUGCAAGAAGAAGAGUAACCUGGAGAAGUUGGAGAGAGUGAUUAUUUUCUGUAGUUUGUUUUGUUAG